GAAGGGAGCUCCCAGAAGCCAGCCAAGAUGAACAUGGUGAAGAGGAUCAUGGGCCGGCCGCGGCAGGAGGAGUGCAGCCCCCAGGACAACGCGCUGGGCUUGAUGCACCUGCGCCGCCUCUUCACGGAGCUCUGCCACCCCCCACGGCACAUGACCCAGAAAGAGCAGGAGGAGAAGCUUUACAUGAUGCUGCCAGUCUUUAACAGGGUGUUUGGGAAUGCUCCUCCAAGUACAAUGACAGAAAAGUUUUCUGACCUCCUGCAGUUUACUACUCAAGUGUCACGGCUGAUGGUGACCGAGAUUCGGCGGAGAGCGUCAAAUAAGUCCACAGAGGCUGCAAGUCGUGCCAUAGUCCAGUUUCUGGAGGUCAAUCAAAGCGAAGAAGCAAGUAGAGGUUGGAUGCUGCUCACCACAAUCAAUUUACUAGCUUCAUCAGGACAGAAAACUGUGGACUGCAUGACUACUAUGUCAGUGCCUUCCACACUUGUGAAAUGUCUCUAUCUGUUUUUUGACCUUCCACAUGUGCCUGAGGUAGUUGGAGGAGCACAGAAUGAGCUACCUCUCGCAGAGCGCAGGGCGCUGCUACAGAAAGUCUUUGUACAGAUCCUAGUGAAGUUGUGCAGUUUUGUGUCCCCAGCGGAAGAGUUGGCCCAGAAGGAUGAUCUCCAGCUUCUCUUCAGUGCAAUAACCUCCUGGUGCCCUCCCUACAACCUGCCUUGGAGGAAGAGUGCAGGGGAAGUGCUGAUGACCAUAUCGCGCCACGGCCUUAGCGUCAACGUGGUGAAGUACAUCCAUGAGAAGGAAUGUUUGUCCACCUGUGUGCAGAACAUGCAGCAGUCUGAUGACCUCUCACCCCUAGAAAUAGUUGAGAUGUUUGCUGGACUUUCUUGUUUUCUCAAAGACUCCAGUGAUGUAUCCCAGACGUUGUUGGAUGAUUUUAGGAUAUGGCAAGGAUACAACUUCCUCUGUGACCUCCUCCUCAGAUUAGAACAGGCAAAAGAGGCUGAAUCUAAGGAUGCUUUGAAGGACUUGGUUAAUUUGAUAACAUCCUUAACCACAUAUGGUGUCAAUGAGUUAAAGCCAGCUGGUGUUACCACAGGAGUACCUUUCCUGCUACCUGGGUUUGCAGUCCCACAGCCUGCAGGGAAGGGUCAUAGUGUGAGGAAUAUUCAAGCAUUCUCAGUCCUGCAGAAUGCAUUUUUGAGAGCAAAAACCAACUACCUAGCACAAAUCAUCCUUGAUGCCAUCACCAAUAUUUACAUGGCAGACAACGCCAACUACUUCAUCCUGGAAUCCCAGCACACCCUGUCUCAGUUCGCUGAGAAAAUUCCCAGGCUUCCAGAAGUGCAGACCAAAUACUUUGAGAUGCUGGAAUUUGUUGUCUUCAGCCUGAACUACAUCCCCUGUAAAGAGCUGAUCAGUGUGAGCAUCCUGCUGAAAUCCAGCACCUCCUUCCAGUGCAGCAUCAUUGCCACGAAGACGCUCCUCAAGUUCACCCGCCACGACUACAUCUUUAAGGAUGUCUUCAGGGAAGUGGGACUGCUGGAAGUGAUGGUAAACCUCCUUCAUAAGUAUGCAGCCCUGCUGAAAGAUCCCACUCAGGCACUGAAUGAUCAAGGGGAUUCAAGAAACACUUCAUUUGAGGACCAAAAGCAGCUGGCUUUAUUGGUUAUGGAGACCUUGACAGUACUACUCCAAGGAUCAAACACAAAUGCAGGUAUUUUCAGGGAGUUUGGUGGUGCCCGAUGCGUGCACAACAUCGUGAAGUACCCCCAGUGCCGGCAGCACGCCCUGAUGAUCAUCCAGCAGUUGGUGUUGUCACCCAGUGGAGAGGACGAUAUGGGCACUUUGCUGGGGCUGAUGCACUCAGCUCCACUUAUGGAACUGCAGCUCAAAACAGACAUCUUAAGGGCCCUGCUCUCGGUGCUGAGAGAAAGCCACCGCACCAGAACCGUGUUCAGGAAGGUCGGGGGAUUUGUCUAUGUCACAUCCUUGCUUGUUGCUAUGGAGAGAUCUUUGUGCUCUCCACCUAAGAACGGCUGGGAGAAAGUCAACCAGAACCAAGUGUUCGAGCUGCUCCACACGGUGUUCUGCACGCUGACGGCGGCCAUGCGCUACGAGCCAGCCAACUCUCACUUCUUCAGGACAGAGAUCCAGUAUGAGAAGCUGGCAGACGCCGUUCGGUUACUUGGCUGCUUCUCAGACCUGAGGAAGAUCAGCCCCCUGAACGUCUUCCCAUCAAACACACAACUGUUUCAAAGGCUGCUGGAGGAUGACCUAAUAUCCCUGGACUCGGUGUCGCCGACGCUGAGACACUGCAGCAAGCUCUUCAUUUACCUCUACAAGGUUGCAACCGAUUCUUUUGACAGUCGUGCAGACCAGAUCCCUCCUUGCCUGACAAAUGAGACUUCUCUCCCCUCUCCCUGGGGUACGCCAGCUUUGUCCAGGAAAAGGCACACAUACCAUUCUGUUUCAACUCCUCCUGUUUGCCCUCAGAAAAACAUAGCUGAUGUGAAAGUGCAAACAGGCCCCCCGUCCGCACAGGGCUCCGACGCCGUCAUCAUCCACCCCGGGGCUGUGCUCGCCAUGCUGGAUCUCCUGGCCUCUGUUGGGUCUGCCACACACCCUGAGCAUGCUCUGGAUCUCCAGCUGGCAGUGGCCAACAUCCUGCAGUCUCUGGUGCACACAGAGAGGAACCAGCAAGUCAUGUGUGAGGCUGGGCUCCAUGCACGACUCCUUCAAAGGUGCAGUGCUGCUCUGGCUGACGAGGACCACUCACUGCAUCCACCACUUCAGAGGAUGUUUGAGAGGCUGGCUUCCCAGGCACUGCAGCCCAUGGUGCUGAGGGAAUUUUUACGCUUGGGAAAUCCUCUGAACUGUGGCGCCUGGGACAAGAAGCUGUUGAAGCAGUAUCGAGUGCACAAGCCCAGCUCGCUGAGCUUCGAGCCCGAAGCGAGAAAUAGCAUGGUUACCUCCAUGGAAGGUCUGGGCUCUGACAGUGUCUUCAGCAUGCAUGAAGACAGCCACUACCGGAUAAGCAAGAGCCUGCUGAAGCCAGCAGAAGGCAGCACAGUCCCCCUGACCAGAGUGAAGUGCUUGGUCUCCAUGACAACCCCCCACGACAUCAGGCUGCACGGGUCGGCCGUCACGCCGGCAUUCAUCGAGUUCGACACCUCCCUGGAGGGCUUCGGCUGCCUGUUCUUACCGAGCUUGGCUCCCCACAAUGCACCUACAAACAAUGCUGUCACCACUGGACUUAUUGAUGGUGCAGUUGUCAGUGGAACUGGAACCGGUGAAAGAAUUUUUCCACCACCAUCUGGUUUAAGCUACUCAACCUGGUUUUGUAUUGAGCACUUUAGUACACCUCCCAAUAACCACCCUGUGAGGCUGCUGACCGUAGUGCGGCGUGCCAACUCCUCGGAGCAGCACUACGUCUGCCUUGCCGUUGUCCUCUCGGCCAAAGACCGCUCCCUGAUCGUUUCCACUAAAGAGGAGCUGCUCCAGAACUAUGUUGAUGACUUCAGCGAGGAGUCCUCGUUUUACGAGAUUCUGCCCUGCUGCGCCCGUUUCCGCUGCGGGGAGCUGAUCGUGGAGGGGCAGUGGCACCACCUGGUGCUGGUGAUGAGCAAAGGCAUGCUGAAGAACAGCACCGCCGCGCUCUACCUGGACGGCCAGCUCCUCAACACUGUCAAGCUGCACUACAUUCACAGCAGCCCCAGUGGCUCUGGUUCUGCCAACCCCCCCGUGGUCAGCACCGUCUAUGCCUACAUCGGCACGCCGCCGGCGCAGCGGCAGCUCUCCUCCUUGGUGUGGCGCCUGGGCCCUACGCACUUCCUGGAGGAAGUCCUGCCCGCCCCAGGGGUCAGCACCAUUUAUGAGCUGGGACCAAACUACGUUGGGAGCUUUCAAGCAGUGUAUGUACCAUGCAGAGAUUCCAAGUCUGAAGGAAUCAACCCAUCUCCAGUAUCACUGGUACCAGAAGAGAAGGUCUCCUUUGGCCUCUAUGCACUGUCAGUUUCUUCGUUUACAGUGGCAAGGAUAAGGAAAGUUUACAACAAGUUGGAUAGCAAAGCUAUUGCCAAACAGCUGUCCAUUUCUUCCCAUGAGAAUGCCACACCUGUGAAGCUGCUCCACAAUUCAGCAGGGCAUCUGAACGGGCCAGCACGCUCCAUCGGGGCAGCCUUGAUCGGGUAUUUGGGAGUAAGAACAUUUGUCCCCAAGCCUGUGGCCACUACACUGCAGUACAUUGGUGGAGCUGCUGCUAUUCUGGGCCUUGUAGCCAUGGCAUCAGAUGUAGAAGGGCUGUAUGCAGCUGUGAAGGCCUUGGUCUGUGUGGUGAAGAGCAAUCCACUAGCCAGCAAAGAAAUGGAAAGAAUCAGAGGUUAUCAGUUGCUGGCAAUGCUGCUGAAGAAGAAGCGGUCCCUCCUGAACAGCCACAUACUCCAUCUGACCUUCUCCUUGGUGGGAACUGUGGAUAGUGGGCAUGAGACAUCCAUUAUUCCAAAUUCUGCUGCCUUCCAGGAUCUGCUCUGUGAUUUUGAAGUGUGGCUUCAUGCACCCUACGAGCUUCAUCUGUCCUUGUUUGAGCACUUCAUCGAACUUCUCACUGAGUCAAGUGAAGCAGCAAAGAAUGCCAAAUUGAUGAGGGAAUUCCAACUCAUCCCCAAACUGCUCCUGACUCUUCGAGAUAUGUCUCUGUCCCAGCCUACUAUUGCUGCCAUCAGCAACGUGCUGAGCUUCUUGCUUCAAGGCUUCCCUAGCAGCUAUGACUUGCUCAGGUUUGGACAGUUCAUCUCUUCCACCCUCCCUACAUUUGCAGUCUGUGAGAAAUUUGUGGUCAUGGAAAUAAACAAUGAAGAAAAGCUUGACAGUGGAGCAGAGGAUGAUUUUGGAGGACUUGUUUCAGCUAAUCUGAUUCUGCUGAGGAACAGGCUUUUAGAUAUCCUUCUGAAACUUCUCUACACAUCUAAAGAAAAGACAACUGUGAAUUUGCAGGCUUGUGAAGAACUGGUCAAGACCCUGGGCUUUGAUUGGAUUAUGAUGUUUAUGGAAGAACACCUGCAUUCCACCACAGUCACAGCAGCCAUGAGAAUCCUGGUGGUCCUGUUGAGUAAUCAGCCCAUCCUUAUCAAGUUUAAGGAAGGUCUCAGUGGUGGAGGCUGGCUGGAUCAGACGGAUUCUGUCCUGACCAAUAAGAUUGGUACAGUGCUAGGGUUCAACGUGGGCAGGAGUGCCGGCGGCAGGUCGACGGUGCGGGAGAUUAACCGGGACGCUUGCCACUUCCCUGGCUUCCCCAUCCUGCAGGCCCUUCUCCCCAAGCACACCAACGUGCCUGCCCUCUACUUCCUGCUCAUGGCCCUCUUCCUGCAGCAGCCGGUCACUGAACUGCCCGAGAACCUGCAGGUCAGUGCACCUGGCAGCGGCAGGCAGUGUAAGCAGGGCUGCCAGUUUGACCUAGACUCUAUUUGGACAUUCAUCUUUGGAGUCCCUGCCUCCUGUGGCACCGUUACCUCUUCGAUCCACAACGUCUGCACGGAAGCUGCCUUCCUGUUACUGGGGAUGCUGAGGAGCAUGCUGAACUCUCCUUGGCAGUCAGAGGAAGAAGGCUCUUGGCUUCGAGAGUAUCCAGUCACCUUGAUGCAGUUCUUCAGAUACUUGUAUCACAAUGUGCCAGACCUCAUUUCCUUGUGGAUGAGCCCAGAGUUCCUGUGUGCCCUGGCAGCUACGGUGUUCCCUUUCAACAUCCGGCCCUACUCGGAGAUGGUCACCGAUCUUGAUGAUGAAGUUGGCUCCCCAGCUGAAGAGUUUAAAGCCUUUGCAGCUGAUUCUGGCAUGAACAGGAGCCAGUCAGAAUACUGCAAUGUGGGCACCAAGACCUACCUGACCAACCAUCCUGCCAAGAAGUUUGUGUUUGACUUCAUGCGUGUGAUGAUAAUUGAUAACUUGUGUCUCACACCAGCCAGCAAGCAGACUCCUCUGGUAGACCUUCUGCUGGAGGCUUCCCCUGAAAGGUCAACACGGACACAGCAGAAGGAGUUCCAGACCUAUGUUUUGGAUGGAGUGAUGGACCACUUGCUUGCAGCUGAUGUUUUGCUUGGUGAAGAUGCCUCUCUGCCUAUAACCAGUGGAGGAAGCUACCAAGUGCUGGUGAACAAUGUGUUUUAUUUCACACAGAGGGUGGUGGAUAAGCUUUGGCAGGGCAUGUUCAACAAGGAAUCCAAGCUUCUUGUGGACUUCAUCAUCCAGCUCAUUGCACAGUCCAAAAGAAGAUCUCAGGGACUCUCACUGGAUGCUAUUUACCACUGCCUGAACAGGACCAUCUUGUAUCAGUUCUCAAGGGCGCACAAAACUGUUCCUCAGCAAGUGGCUCUCCUGGAUUCCCUAAGAGUCCUUACUGUCAACAGGAACUUAAUUUUGGGGCCUGGAAACCAUGAUCAAGAGUUCAUCAGCUGCCUAGCUCAUUGCUUGAUUAAUCUCCACGUGGGAAGCAAUGUUGAUGGAUUUGGAUUGGAAGCAGAAGCCAGGAUGACAACUUGGCACAUUAUGAUCCCCUCUGAUAUUGAACCAGAUGGAGUCUACAAUCAAGAUGUCAGUGAAGGUCGCCAGCUUCUUUUAAAAGCCAUCAACAGAGUGUGGACAGAGCUGAUCCACAGUAAAAAACAGGUUUUGGAAGAAGCUUUCAAAGUGACGCUGCCUGUCAACGACCGUGGCCAAGUGGAUAUAACUGUGGCCAGGCCUUUCAUUGAGGAAGCAAGCUUGAAGUGUUGGCAAAAUCAUUUGGCUCAUGAGAAGAAAUGCAUCAGCAGAGGGGAGGCUUUGGUUCCAACCACACAGUCCAAACUUUCCCGCGUCAGCAGCGGCUUUGGCCUCUCCAAGCUAACCGGAUCCAGGAGGAGCCGCAAGGAGAGCGGGCUCAGCAAGCACAACCUCUCCACACAGGAGAUUUCCCAGUGGAUGUUCACUCACAUUGCAGUGGUUCGGGACCUGGUGGACAUGCAGUACAAGGAGUAUCAGGAGCGCCAGCAGAACGCACUGAAGUACGUGACGGAGGAGUGGUCCCAGAUCGAGUACGAGCUGCUGCGGGAGCGAGGCCUCUGGGGGCCCCCCAUUGGCUCCCACCUGGACAAGUGGAUGCUGGAGAUGACAGAGGGGCCCUGCAGGAUGAGGAAGAAGAUGGUGCGGAAUGACAUGUUCUAUACUCAGUACCCCUACAUGCCCGAGGCUGAGCAAGAGACAAACGUGCUGUCUGACUUCUCAUGUAGACUUCCUGAGACACCUGAUGAUACCAUUCCUCAAAAGAAGCCCGCCCGGUACCGCAGAGCCAUCAGCUACGACAGCAAGGAGUACUACAUGCGCCUGGCCUCGGGCAGCCCUGCCGUCUUCCAGGACGCCAUUGAGGAGCACACCGUGGGGGAAGCGGCGCAGCAGGAGCCAGAGCACGGGGAGGACACUAUCGCAAGGGUCAAAGGUUUGGUGAAGCCUCCCCUGAAACGAUCUCGCUCUGCUCCUGACGGAGGAGAUGAUGAGAACCAGGACCAGUCCCAGGAUCAAAUUGUUGAGGGGAGCUCAAUUGAUGAAGAGGAGAAGACUGACAACACAACUCUGCUUCGCCUUCUGGAAGAAGGAGAGAAGAUCCAGCACAUGUACCGCUGUGCUCGGGUGCAGGGCCUGGACACCAGUGAGGGGCUGCUGCUCUUUGGGAAAGAGCACUUCUAUGUCAUUGAUGGAUUCACCAUGACAGCCACCAGGGAAAUACGGGAUAUUGAGACCCUGCCUCCCAAGAUGCAUGAGCCAAUCAUCCCCAGGGGAGCAAGGCAAGGCCCAAGUCAACUGAAAAGAACAUGCAGCAUCUUUGCGUAUGAAGAUAUCAAGGAAGUACAUAAAAGGAGAUACCUUCUGCAGCCAAUUGCAAUUGAAGUCUUCUCAGGAGAUGGGCGGAACUACCUCCUGGCCUUCCAGAAAGGGGUUAGGAACAAAGUCUAUCAAAGGUUUUUGGCUGUGGUGCCAUCUCUAACUGACAGUUCUGAGUCAGUGUCUGGGCAGAGACCAAACACCAGUGUAGAGCAAGGGUCUGGCUUGCUUAGCACUUUAGUGGGAGAAAAGUCUGUUACUCAGAGAUGGGAAAGAGGAGAGAUCAGUAACUUCCAGUACCUGAUGCACUUAAACACUCUGGCAGGCAGAUCCUACAAUGACCUCAUGCAGUACCCUGUCUUUCCCUGGAUCCUUGCAGACUAUGAUUCAGAGGAACUGGAUCUUACAAAUCCAAAGACAUUCAGAAACCUGGCCAAGCCCAUGGGAGCUCAAACAGAAGACAGGUUAGCCCAGUACAAGAAGAGAUUCAAAGACUGGGAGGAUCCCAACGGGGAGACCCCAGCUUACCACUAUGGGACCCACUACUCCUCUGCCAUGAUUGUGGCUUCUUACCUUGUCCGGAUGGAGCCUUUCACUCAGAUCUUCUUACGGCUGCAGGGUGGUCACUUCGACCUGGCUGACCGGAUGUUUCACAGCGUGCGGGAAGCUUGGUACUCGGCGUCGAAGCACAACAUGGCAGACGUGAAGGAGCUCAUCCCAGAGUUCUUCUACCUCCCUGAGUUCCUGCUCAAUUCCAACAACUUUGACCUAGGUUGCAAACAAAAUGGCACUAAACUUGGUGAUGUCAUCCUCCCCCCAUGGGCAAAAGGAGAUCCUCGGGAGUUUAUCAGAGUUCACCGGGAGGCUCUGGAAUGUGACUUUGUGAGUGCACAUCUGCAUGAGUGGAUUGAUUUGAUCUUUGGCUAUAAACAGCAAGGUCCUGCUGCAGUAGAAGCUGUCAAUGUCUUCCACCAUCUCUUCUAUGAGGGCCAAGUGGACAUAUAUAACAUCAAUGAUCCAUUGAAGGAGACAGCUACCAUAGGAUUCAUCAAUAACUUUGGACAGAUACCAAAGCAGCUGUUUAAAAAGCCCCACCCCCCCAAGCGAGUUAGGAGCCGGCUGAAUGGAGAGGCUGUGGGGACAUCUCUGCCCCCUGGUUCCACGUCUGACAAGAUUUUUUUCCAUCAUUUGGACAACCUGAGGCCAUCUUUUGCCCCAGUGAAAGAGCUCAAGGAGCCUGUGGGACAGAUUGUGUGCACUGACAAAGGCAUUCUGGCUGUGGAACAGAACAAGGUUCUCAUCCCACCUACCUGGAAUAAAACCUUUGCCUGGGGCUUUGCAGACCUAAGCUGCAGGCUGGGUACCUACGAGUCAGACAAGGCAGUGAUUGUUUAUGAGUGCUUGUCAGAGUGGGGGCAGGUUCUGUGUGCCAUUUGCCCCAACCCCAAGCUUGUCAUCACCGGAGGAACGAGCACGGCGGUGUGUGUGUGGGAGAUGGGCGUCUCCAAAGAGAAAGCCAAAGCCCUCACACUCAAACAGGCACUGCUGGGUCACACUGACACUGUCACCUGCCUAACAGCCUCGCUGGCUUAUCACAUCAUCGUGAGCGGCUCGUGGGACCGCACCUGCAUCAUCUGGGACCUGAACAAGCUCUCCUUCCUGACACAGCUGCGGGGCCACAAGGCUCCCAUUUCUGCUCUCUGCAUAAACGAGCUGACGGGGGACAUUGUCUCCUGCGCUGGCACUUACAUCCACGUGUGGAGCAUUAAUGGCAGCCCCACUGCCAGCGUGAACACCUUCACUGGCCGCAGCCAGCAGAUCAUCUGCUGCUUCGUGUCGGAGAUGAACGAGUGGGACACGCAGAACGUCAUCGUCACGGGGCACUCGGACGGCGUGGUCCGGUUCUGGCGGAUGGAGUUUUUGCAAGUACCAGAAACCCCAGCUCCAGAGCCUGUGGAGAUGCUGGAAAUGCAGGAGGAUUGUCAGGAAGCACAGCUGGGGCAGGAAGCCCAUGAAGAGGACAGCAGUGACUCUGAGGCAGACGAUCCCUGCGUAGGCCAGGACACAAAAGUGCAGGAGAGCCAGAGUCAACCCAGCAGCACCAGCCACAGGCCUCGGUCGGCAUCAAACAGAGCGGCGGCAGCGUGGUCAGCAGACAGCGGCUCUGAUGACUCCAGGCGUUGGUCAGACCAGCUCAGCCUGGAUGAGAAGGAUGGCUUUAUCUUUGUGAAUUAUUCUGAGGGACAAGCGAAAAUGCAUCCCCACAUUCAGGUUAACCACCCACACCCCAGCUACGCUGAAGCACGGCACUACAGCAAGCUGAAACCAGGGUACAGGUGGGAGCGUCAGCUGGUGUUCAGGAGCAAACUAACUAUGCACACAGCUUUCGAUCGCAAGGACAACACACACCCGGCGGAGAUCACCGCGCUCGGCAUCUCCAAGGAUCACAGCAGAAUUCUCAUUGGGGAUGGUCGGGGCAGAGUGUUCAGCUGGUCUGUGAGCGACCAGCCCGGGCGGUCUGCAGCGGAUCACUGGGUGAAGGACGAGGGAGGGGACAGCUGCUCCGGCUGCACCGUGCGCUUCUCGCUCACCGAGCGGCGCCACCACUGCAGGAACUGCGGACAGCUCUUCUGCCAGAAGUGCAGCAGGUUUCAGUCCGAAAUCAAGCGUCUGAAGAUCUCCUCCCCAGUCAGAGUCUGCCAGAACUGCUUCUACAACCUGCAGCACGAGCGGGGUCCAGAGGAGGGGCCUAGAAAUUGAUGGGGUCUCGGCAAAGGGAGACCUCCUCCCACCCCACCCUGACUCCAAGGACUAGUGGGAGUCUGGUGCAGUGGUCAGAAGGGAUUAGAACACUGUCUGUUUACAUUGAGUUUUAAGCACUAAAAGUCAAAAGGGAUCAUUGAAUGGAGCGGUGUUGAGAGAAGGUCAAUGAGCGAAGAGCAAGCUCCGGGAAGACAUGAUUAAUAACCACAAACCCAGAACUGUCAGCUCCUAAAGCUGUGUUGAUGUGGCUGUGGGGAAACUCUCAUGUACCCUACCGAGCUGUUCUUGUCUUGGCUUUGCAGAGCUAGUCCUGUGGGGCAGGGGAGGGGACGGCCGGGGAAGGCUUUUUAGAGAGAGCUGUAAAUCCGCCUUCCCCGCCAGCUCCUGUGUAUAUUGUAAAUAGCUAGAAUGGCCUUUUUAUCUACAUCUGAACCUAACUGCCUGCUCCAUGGGACUCCAGAUUAACCACUAGACUUUGUGUGGCAUCUUUAUCUCAUCUGCCAGUUGAAACAGGAAUGUUUAAACCUGACUACACCCCAGGAAACGCGAAGGCAUUGUGUGGAUUUCUGUUUAACAGCCCCAGCCUGUGCAUGUUUGUUCUCUCAGUUGCCCACACUGUCCUGUCAGGCUACAUGGAUUUGUCAAUUUAUGGCUUUUUAUUCUUUUUUUUUCCUCCAAAAUAGAACAUUUUUGAGACUAGGACUUGGGAGCAUUUUCUUCUAGCUUGUAAAAUAACCAGGAACUAAAACUGUACACUUGUGUUGCGUUUUAUACCAAACUCCUGACCACCUCAGUGUUGUUCAUAUUUACUAAGGCCUCUUUUAUACAUAAUUCAGAGCUGCAGUUUUGUUAAUUCCUUACCCUUCGUUAGCAGCUGAUUCAUGCAGGGCAAGAACCAGCUUUUACCUUCUUUUAGCUCAUAGCAAUUGGCUAGCCUAGGGGCACAGAAGGCAGUUCCUUCUGCAGCAGAUCUUCCCUCUGCUGUCCUGCAGCUUGCUUGCAAAA